CAGAGCUAGUGUUAAGACAUUUAAAACAAUGUAUACAAAUUUACUUGAUCUUCUUCCACCUGAAUUGAUACCAUUUAUUACAAAGAAUCUCCCGAUCCAAGAUCUUAAAAAUUGCAGUAGUUUAGAUGAUAUAUGGAAAGAUGAGAUUAUUCGAGAAAUUCGUAAAAGAUUAAUAGUAGAUUGUAAAUUCGUAGAUAAUAAUAUUACCGUUAAAGCAAUAAUCGAUUCCAAAUCUCAUUAUAGCAAUAUUAGUAAAGCACUUGCUAAAAAAUUGGAUUGCUAUAUUUCUAGGGAUUUUG